GGCGCAUCUUAAUGACGUAUAUUGUGUUUUGGUUGCUUCUCGGGAUAUUUUAGUAGGCCUGUUUUUCGUUUUUUCUCUAUAAACUCCUUCACAAUGAACAAAGGGAAGGCCAGUGGUGUGUCGUGGGUAAAACCGGCGGAGCCAUCUUUUCUGAAGAAGUUUAAAAAUGAUGUUGGAUUCAAAGAAGGACCGACUGUCGACACUAAGCGGCAGGAGAUGCCAACCCUGGACGAUGACAGCGGGAGUGAUCCAGAGGAUGAGUCUCCUCAGGUUGUGGUUCUGAAAAGUGGAGAUCUGACUGCGGAUGAAGUGAAGGAGAUCAAGGAUAAAAUGCGUGCAGGAAGUGGUGCACAGGAAGAUGAUGAGCCUCCCCCUGAUGGAAAAGUAGUGUUCAAGAAACCGGCCAAGCGCUCAUCGGACAAAUUUCAGGGCAUCACCGCCACCUCCAGCAAAAAGAAGAAGAGUGAUGGAGGAGAGAAAGAGGAGGAGGGGAAGAAGGAGGUCAGAUCAGGAAAGAAAGUAAAAAAUAACAGCCUCCUCUCCUUUGGAGGGGAUGAGGAGGAAGAGGAGGACUAAAGUGUUACUGAUAAAACGUAAGACUCAUGCACCUCUGUUACAGAGAGGAAUCAAAGUGAUAUUUAAACAUUCAUGGUAAUUUUUUUUUCAUAUUACUGUCGGAUAAAAACAGAUACAUUUAGCAGAAAUCAACACACAACACCUUCAUUCUGUAGUUCAUUUAAAGGACAAGGCCUGUGUUUGAUAUGUUUUAGCCCGUUUACUACGAAGAGUCUUCACUUUGUAUUACUGAUGACUAAUGUAUAGCAGAGCGUGACAGCAAGUCCCAACAGCUUGCAACACAAGCAGGGAUGGACAACAAAAUCUGUCUGUCAGUGUCUGACAAGAAUAAAUCCCUGGAUUCACUUUCACUUUUCUCAUUCAACACAGCUUGUCACUUGUAUAAAGUAGAGAUAGUGGUAAUUGAUAAUAUCAUUAUCCAUGUUUGAAAUAUUAAACUCUGACUUGUUUUAACACAGGGGCUCACUGCCGUCAUAUAUAUACAAAGCACAACACUUCUACAUUCAGAUUAAAAGAUCCAAAUGUCUUACCUUGUAAAGGGUAAACAUAUAAUUUAAUCUCUUUGUAAAUCUCAAACGGACAGUGAGCAGCUCAUGUUGCACCACGGGGAGCAGAUAGCACGCUGCAGUCACACUGCACGCCUUAAUGCUUGAUUUUGAUUUUUACUCAGAUCUGAUUAUUUUGUCUGAUGUUUACAUUUCUUUUUAAAAUCCGGGCUGUAUCAGACUCCUGUAGUCAUGUCAGUGUGUCCUCUUUUGAAAGUUGACCAAAUCAGAUUGGAUUCUUUGUGACUUGAGCUUUUUAAGCUGUGAUGAACACUUCGCAUGCCAGGAGAGAUGCAACAUGCUAGCAUUCACAACGAAUUAAAAAUUAAUUGUCUUGCAGCUGCCAGUCUGACACUAAUUUUAAAUGUGUUUAUAAAAACUAAAUGAGCAGCUUUAUCAAGCAAAGAUCUAAAAGAUAAUCAUCAGAGCCUUUUAAAACAUGAUAAAAAUCAAGUGGAUUUCUCAUGUCAGAUUAGUGGUAAUGCAUGCCUCUCUGUUGACUUGUUUUUGCUGAAAAAGGAGAAGCAAUGUAUGUAUCAGUGUUUCUCCAAUAAGCCUCAAUCCUUGGAUAAGGCAAUAGAGAUUUUUAAAGUCAACAUUAGAAUACCUUCUGUACAAACUACAUUUACAGCGCAGAAAAAUAUAACUUGGAAUGAACUGACAUCAAUUAAAAAAAAAGCUUUUUCAUGAUUAUUCGUAAAUGGUCUCAGUGAUGACAAAUGAAGCUAAUUUUUGGUAAAUGGGCUGAAAUGUAAACUCAAGUGUGAUUUUAUGUGUAUGCUUUUUUUCGGUUUUCAGUAUUUUUCAGUAAAUGUUGCUGGUGAAACUGAGUAAAAGGUCAAUUUACAGUCUUUGCAGAGAACUCUGCUCUGAAAACACAAAAGUAAAGCCUGAUUUAUACUUCUGUAUCCACUCUACAGCGCAGCUAAACUGUAGUGGCCUACACCAUCUUUGGCACCAGGGCACUGGUGCAUUGUUGUGCCUGUGUAGCACUCCACCUUAACACUUGUUGGACUGCAGUUUCUAUUCUUGUCCUGCCACUUUCUCUGCUUAUUUGUCCAGGCAACCAUUGCUACUGAAACCUAGGGUUGCAGCUGAUAAAUACUAAGCAAUAAUAGAUCUGACUGAUUGGUUUGUUGUCUGCAGCAUUUUCGUGGUCUACAGUUAACACGCUAUAGAAGUAGUUAUUACUCACAGACAGGAAGCCGCCCAUGCUACCCAACAGACCAAUCACAGUGCCUGCAGUCGUGUAGUCACAUUUGUGAGGAGUGGGUUGGGUUGGGUGUGUGCUACUGUCUAGAUUGAUGCAGAAGUAUAAAUGAAGCUUAGGGCUAAAGCUGAAUUCUUGCCAUGUAAAGGUGCUUAUCAGAACCUAAAGUUGGCUUGUCAUUGCCAAGCAAACUAUGCAACUUCAUCUGGUAAACAGAGGUCAGUCUACAGCAGGAACAAAACAUGCACUGACCAGUUUAAUUUCCCACCCUGGUGAGUGAAGCUAUUUCAGUAUACUUUUAAUUACAGCUAAAGUUGAUUUUAUUUCUACUCUGCUUUGACUUAUUUAAAUAUCGUCUGGUGAAAGCAAUGAUAAACUAGUGGUCUUCCUGAGUUCUUGGUGCCUUCCACUUAAGGAAACAACAAAGCAAUCUUCAUCAGAAUAGAUCGAUGUUAUACCACAACUGAGGUUUGUUUAACUUCAAAUUUCCCAAACCCUUGUAUAAUGGAUCAGACACUGAAACGUCCUUUUUCCUCUCAUACAUGCUUAGAUAAAUCUGUUUCAGUCAUCAACUCCUGUUCAUGUAUUACUCCAUGAAGCCAUCAGAUCUGUCAGUGUGUUUGGUAGUUAUGUAAAAGUGUGUAUUGUAGAGUUUUUAAUACAUUCAAUGCUGUAUUGGAUGUAUAAAUACAUUGAAGCUUCGACAAAGGAGCUGUAUAUUUAUGUCGAAACAAUGCAUUCAUGUCAAUGCAGUUGUAUGAUUUUUGUAAUGUGAUUUUUUUUUAUUUUCAUAAUUUUUAGGCAGUGUUUGUGACUGUAACAUUUGAAAUAUAAAACAUUAAAUUAGGUGUCCAACA